AUGAAGUUCUUCAUCGCCAGUUUCCUAAUCGCCGCCUGCGUGGCCCUCGCCCAGAGCAGUGUGAUCUACUCCCCGGUAGCCUCCGUGCCCGUGGUGCGAUCCGUGAACGUGCUCCGCAGUGUUCCGGUGGUUCGCAGUUACCCGGUGGUGCGUUCCGUGCCCGUGGUUCACAGUGUUCCAGUGGUGCGUCAUGUGUCCGUGAUCGACUCCGUUCCGGUGGUGCCCUCCGUGGUUCGCGUUGGACACGCCUCCGUCUACGAUGCUCCUCUGGUCCAAUCCUACGGCGGCUGGCUGAAGCAGAAGUAG